CACCAACAAAAACCAAAAAAAUAGACUUUGCUCGGCCUCUCAUGGCUGCCAAUUAAAAGACACUUCGACUGUCAGAGGUUCAAUGUAAAGUUAUCUAGUUCCAAGGAAAAACAACAAGAAGAAAUAUGAAGAAGGGAAAUGAACACAAGAUGCCAAGGAUGGAGGACAUUCUUAACCUUCCAGUGCAAGAUCCCCAUGUGCAGAGUUCUCUGCAGCUCUUAUAAACUGGGUAAAAGUCGAAGGUGGACGCCAAGGUGGUGAUGAUGUUGCCCUAAUCCCAUUCUCUAGAGUGGAUGAUUUUGUUAAAGGUGAGUCUGCAAAUGUAGAAUGCCCUGCCAGUUUCCGUGUUGAGUCAAGAAGAAAGAGAACUGAAGGAAGCGUAAGCAAGCCUAGGGUUGAUAGCUACCUCGAAUACACACUGUAUGCCUUCACCAACAACUUAUUACUCUUGCUAUCUUAGGUCACUGUUUGGUGGGUGACUUUGCUCACCCACACACUAAGCUAAGUGAGCAAAACCAACCAUCACUAGGAAGUGGGACUAUUAAGUGGUCAAACCCAUCAUUUUUAGUAGCAUGACAUCCCACGGCUCAGUAAUUGGUGGUUUGCUGUCCAGCUUACCAAGUGGGUGGCAAAAUUGCCCUUCCACUUGCUUUAAACUAGCUCAUUUUUUUAUCGUGAUUCUAUAGAUAUUGGUGUUCUUAUGGCCCUGAAGACUACCGACAUAGUGAUUCAGGCGUGGGGGAUAACUUAAAUUCUAAACCCCAAUCAGGGAAAGGCAGCAGGCCUGGAAGGCGGCAUAUGAUGAGAGGGUGCCUAUGUCACUUCACUGUAAAGCGCUUAUAUACACGUCCUCAUCUUGCACUCAUUAUAUACAGUCAGCGAAGCCAUGUAGAUAAAACAGGGUCCCCAUGCCAUGGAAUACUUGACAGGGAUGCUGUCGGAACUAGAGCUAUGCAUGCUCCUCGAAUCUCAGAUGAACUACGUCAGAAGGUGAUGUCUAUGCUUUACGUUGGAAUAUCUUGGGAUGAUAUUAUUCAGCACCACACUGACGUAGUAGAGAGGCAUGGUGGUGGUCCCAGCAAUCGUGAUGACUUUCUCACUCGGAAUGAUGUUAGGAACAUGUAAAGGGUGAUUAAACAUUCCACACGCGAAGUACAUGAAAAUGAUGUGGAUAGCAUACCAAUGUGGGUUCACCGACAUCAAAAGCAUGUUUUCUUCUUCCGUGAUGCAUCUGUUACAGAAUCAUUUGUUUUGGGUUUACAGACGGAGUGGCAGUUGCAACAGAUGCUCCAUUACGGGAAUAAUAGUUCGAUUGCCUUCCAUUCAACAUUUGGUUUGAAGAAGUUCAAGAUACUUGUAGGGGUUGUCCGUACCCCUGUCAGAUACCUAUUUGUUGUCAAAAGGUAAAGCUUUUUUCAAAAAUGCCGUAUCGGACUCUCGGAAGUGUAUCAGUGUCGGACACCCGCACCAGUAUUCGUGCAAUCCAGCUAAGGUCUAAUUAACAAGGAUACAUGUGUGGUGAUUGGAGUGUCCCACUGGUCUGAGGUGUCUGACACAAUGAGUUGGUCAGUACCCCUAACGUCAACGGCUAUAAAUGUACAUACAUACUUGUAUAGGUAGUUAUGUGCAUUACAUCUUGUCAUUAUUUGUAAUAUGCAGUACUUAUGGAUCUAGAAUUGUUAAAUAUAGACCAAAAGUGCUUACUUGAAUUACUUAUUGUGUCCAAACAUUAUUAUGUGCAGUACACACAAUUGUCUACAGAGUACACCUAAAAUUUUGUGCAAGCACCCUGUUUUGUGUCUGUUAGAGUCAGCCACGAGCAUCCAUGUGUGGUUAUGUUGUCACUAUAAAAUGAAAUAGUGGAGUGUGCUAGUUACAUAGGUUAUAGAGUCUAUGAUCAUCUAAAUGAGCUAGUGUGUAGUUUAAACAAUUUUAUGGAAAAUGCUUGUGGAAGAAUGAACCCUAUUCUGGGGUAGAAACUGGCUUAUCCGACCGUCUCAAACUCUCUGUUAUUACAUUCUUAUUGAUUGCCGUUGCCAAAUCAAUUUCCUUUUGUGUUUUCUGAUCACAGCAUCCGUUAUGUACAUUACUAGUUUUCGACUCUUUCCAAAAUGCAAUUCCUGUUGCGUGGAUCAUUACUUCUUGUUUUAAUGGUCAAGAUAUUCCCCGUUGGAUGGUACCUCUUGUUGAAAGAAUCCGAACGAAGGAUCCUAGGUGGAAACCCAAUGCCUUUUUAAUUGAUGAUCCAUCUUUUGAGAUCUCUAUCCUCAGAGAUGCUUUCCAGUGCCGGGUCAUUUUAUGCCUCUGGCAUGUUCGACGCUCUUGGAUGAAAAGCUUGCUGAAGAAAUGUGGUAGCUUGAUCCUGCAGCAAGAAAUGUUCAAGUACCUUGGCCGUAUUUUAUAUAGUGUUAGGGAUGGGCCAAGUGUGAUAGAUGCAAUCGAAGAGUUCAUGCAGAUAUUUGUUGAUCAGUUCUCCUUCAUGGAAUACUUCAGGGACCGAUGGUUACCAAGGAUAGAUAUGUGGGUGAAUGCAAUGAGGCUUCUCCCUAUAGCAAAUCAAGAAUUUAACGGCGCUAUCGAGUCUUAUGACUUAAAUCUGAAAUCCAAACUUUUUAGUGAACAACAUUCUGGUUCUUGGAUGAGAGUUGAUUGGCUUGUCCAUACAUUAACCACUGAAUUCCACUCCUUGUAUUGGUUCGCUCAAUACACUGAAGAAACCGGCUACUUUAGAAACUUGAAAGAUCACACUUUCUCAGCAAACUCUUGGUAUCGAGCAUUACAGAUUCCCGAUAUUGAUGUCUUAUUGGAUGAUGAAGAACUGCGGAUAGUUCGGGUCAUUUCGCAAUCUAACAGAAGCGUGGCUUAUACAAUUUGGAACCCCGGUUCAGAAUUCUCUUUUUGUGAUUGCCCAUGGUCAAGAUUGGGAAAUCUCUGUAAGCACGUGAUCAAGGUCUGCAUACUAUUUAGGAAUCGUCAGGUUGCAAGACCAUCAAUUGCUGCACAAACUUAUCGGCAGGCUUUACUAAAUCUUUUAAACAAUCCUCCAGAUGAUCCAAUUGUUCUUAAUCAUGCCAUUUUACAAGUUAACCGUAUCCAACAGGACAUCAAGGGUCUGGAGGACUUAUCUAAUAGCGGGCUUCUCCAACCGUUAACUACACUUGAGACGAAUGGUCAUGUUGUUUUAGAUAAUCUCCUGCCUUCACCAGGUCUUCAAUGAAUCUUACAGGCAAAAGUUUGUACAAGGUAAUCCUUUUAUUUCGCCUUUUUCUUUAGUCAUGUUCUCCACCUUGAAGGAUUACAGAUUUUGUAGUUGUGGUACUGGUAACUGGUAAAAUUGUUAGUAUUCUUGUAAAUCAAAAGUGCUGUACCAGUUGAAGUUGGAAAGAAAGAGUUACGAUGUUCGUCUUUUGCGGAACAAUUAACAAAAAAAUGUCACUCAACCGUGUACUAUUUCCGUUUCUAGAAAAGAGGUAUUGGAAUUGGAC